AAGCUCUCGUACGCCUUCGUCUAAUCGUCUUCUCUACUGUCCCUGUUUUGUUCCUCCUCGUCGCUUGGCGCUUCCAGAGAAAAACCCGAAAGACGUCUCGUGUCGCCUCCACUAGGCACGUCCUGGAACCUUGCGGGGCCGGUAUUGGAAAGCAGGCAAGCACAACAGCGAUCCCACAAACCACAGCUCGGCUCCUCUUCGCCGUCGCAACCGAUUUAUAUAUGGCGAUGGAGGCGUCGGCGGCCUCCGACGAAACCCUAGCCGCCGUCUUCGCCCAGCUCAAGCUCCACACCGUCGCUCUCCUCGACCUCCUCCGCACUCGCCGCCCCAUCUCUAGCUCCGGCUCCUCCCUACGCGAAAUGGCCGCUUUCCUCCGCGCCGCCCCGGCCCCGGCGCUGCAGCUCUGCUUCGAUUAUACAGUGUUUCCACUGCUCCUGCUCCUGGAUGCGGCGGUGCAGUGCAGGAAGCAAGGCAAUGCGCCGGGGCAGGUUGCAGGGGGCAUUGAUAUAGGUGAUGCCGUCGCCGAAGCUGGUCUGACCUGCCUUGAGGUCCUCCUCACCAAGUGCCACCUCACCUCGGUCAAUCAGAUGGUAGCAAUGCUGAAAAAGUUGACUUCCGGGGCUAUGCUUUCACCUUCAGAGGCUUCAGAGGAAUUCCGUGGUGCAAUUAUUAGAUGCUUCAGGGCUUUGGUUUUGCAGUUACAGCCAUGCUUGGACCAUUUUUGUUCUUGCAAACACGGAAUAGUGUUACCUACGAUCCCAACCAGUACAUGCUUGGAGGUUAGAAGUGUAGUCCGCCCAAAUCACUCUGCGCAGCCAGAGGAGUGCUUGCUUGCAUUUCUUCAGUCUCAAAAUGCUUCAGCUGCCGUAGGACAUUGGCUCUCACUUCUUCUACAAGCAUCAGAACUUGAGGCAUCAAGGGGGCACCGGGGAAGUGCAGAUGUUAGGAAGGAAUCAUUGCACACGCUGCGCAUUCUUAUUGGCAAGGUAGGCUCUGCUGAUGCACUUGCCUUUUUCCUUCCUGGAAUUGUCAGUCGCCUUGGGAAGGUUCUCUACACAGCUAAGACUAUGAUUAGUGGUGCUGCUGGGAGUUCUUUGAGCAUUGAACAAGCCAUUCUUGGAUUGACCGAGGCUUUGAUGAUAGUACUAAAUGACAAGGAAAAUCUUAGUGCACUUGGUAAGCACAAGAAUGAGAAUCAUUCUGGUGGCAGUGAGUCAACUGAGCAUAUAUUGCAGAUGCUUCGCCAGUUGCCAACCAAAAAUAUAUCUGAUAAGAUAAGCCAUGAUGAGAUUACAGAUGAUUCUGUCUCCAAUGUCAAUAAUUCCUUUGCUGAUAGAAAGGCACUGCAUGUGAAGCGGACCAAAAAAUGGCUUGAGGAAACAACUAGUAAUGUUGAUAAAUUGCUGUCUGCUACAUUCCCACAUCUUGCUAUUCAUUCAUCUGAGAAGGUAAGGAAGGCAGUGGUUAGUGGUGUAAAAGGGCUUUUGUCUAGUUGCAGUUCUACAUUAAAAAGAACCAAGAUGCUACUUUUGGAAUGUUUAUGUGUUCUGGCAUGUGAUGAUGCUGCAGCUGUGUCUGAGGCUGCACAAGAUGCUCUUGAUCAUCUUUUCAACCAAGGCCACAAUCUCGUAACAGAAAAGGAGAUUUCUGAUACCUUUACUAGGCUGGUUGAAAGGCUACCACAAGUGGUACUUGGAAGCGAGGAGACAACCGCACUUUCACAUGCUAGGAUGUUGUUGGCUCUGACCUUUUAUGCUGGUCCCCAGUUUCUGAUAAAUCAUCUUCACCGUUCUCCUGUCAUUGCUGCUCGUUUCUUUGAUUGUUUGGGUUUAUGCAUAGGUCAUAGCUCACAGUUUUCUGGUUCCAUGGACAAGCUAAUUGUAUCAAAGCCACUAUCUAUUGGGUAUCUUUAUUCAGUUGCUGAGUUGAAGAGUGGCGCCUAUUCUAAAGAUACAACUAACAUAUCUCUGCAUGCCACGUCAACAUCUGCAGCCUCCAAAAUAUCUGUUAUCCAUGAUAAUGCUUUGCCAAAUGCAUUACUUGGUACAGUUGAAUAUGAGUUGCCCCAUGUGCCUCCAUGGUUUUUUCAUGCUGGUAGCCAGAAGCUUUAUGGGGUUCUUGCUGGAAUAAUUAGACUUGUUGGCCUAUCAACAGUGUCAGGGGAAGGAACUGCUGCAACCUUGUCUCUCUUUGUUGAUAUUCUGCUUGAUCAGUUUAGGAGGUUGAGCACUGAGCUGAGAGACAAAGAUGUUUACAACGAUGGUCUGCAGCGGUGGUACAUGAAAGGUGAAGCUGGACAAGCAUUGCGCCAGGCUAGUUCAGCUGUCUGCAUGCUCAAUGAGCUCAUGUAUGGUUUGUCAGGUCGAUCCCUUGGUAUGUUUUUACAACUUUUCAGCAACGGAUCAGCACAGAUGCCAAGGACAGUUUGUCAGAAAAAUCAACUGCUUGCUUGUGUUAAACAUAAUGCAGUUACUAACAAAAGAGAAGUGUGGGGUUUUAGUGAACAAAAGGGCACUAAAGACAACAUUCUUCAUUGCAUCAGCAGUAUUCUGCAUGAAUAUGUAUCACCAGAAGUGUGGGAUCUUCCAACAGAGAAGGACACUGAGCUACACCUAAUAGAGUUGAACCUGCCAUUGCACUUCUACCGUGAUACAACUGCAUUGCACACAGUAGUGCUUGAAGGAAUUGGAGUCUUGGGUGUUCUUCUUGGUCAAGAUUUUGCACUUAGUGGGUUUAUGCACUCUUCCCUUUAUCUUCUGCUCCGUGAACUUAUCAGCUCAAGUGCUCAGAUAAGAACUGCAUGUGAUGCUGUCUUGAGAGCCCUUGCUACUGCUGGCGGUCAUUGUUCGGUUGGCCAAUUUGUCGUUGCGAAUGCAGACUACAUUAUUGACUCUCUUUGCAGGCAAUUGCGUCACCUGGACCUGAACCCCCAUGUCCCUGAUGUUCUUGCUUCCAUGCUAUGUUACAUCGGUGCUUCUCGUGAUAUCUUGCCAUUCUUGGAAGAACCGAUGCAAUCAAUUUCUUCUGAGCUUGAGGUACUUGGCAGGCAUGAUCACCCACGUCUAACUGUUCCAUUUCUGAAGGCAGUUUCUGAGAUUUCCAAGGCAUGUAGACAUGAAUCCACUUGUUUGCCAGAUGAGGCACAAUCAUUUUAUGAGAAGGUCAGUUCUGAGGGUCAAGAAGUAAAAAUUAUGAUUGAGAAGAGAAUGGAAUCCAGUGCAAUAUCUGAAAGAAAGAAUGUUGAUGCUCGAUCUUACUUUAUGACCUUGGAAUACUGGGAAGAUUUAUUUUGUAAGCUAAAUGAGAUGAGAAGAUAUAGGAGAAUAGUUGGGUCUCUUGCGGGCUCUUGUUUAUCAGCUGCCAUCCCACUUCUCUCUUCCAAUAAGGAAACAGCAUGCCUUGUGGCCCUUGACAUUGUGGAGAGUGCUGCUAUAUCUAUUGCCAAUGUUGAGGAGGCUUAUAAGUGUGAAUGUCAAAGCAAAGGAGUCAUUGAGGAGGCCAUCCAGUUUUGUUCAUUUGACGAGCUUCUUGAUGGUACAGAUGCCACCGAAGAUGUUGAUGAAAAUAGGCUACUCCCAGCAAUGAACAAACUGUGGCCUUACUUGGUUAUCUGUCUAAGGAACAAGAUCUCAGUGCCGGUUGUUAGGAAGUGCACCGAAAUGUUGAGGCGAGCAAUUUGCAUAUCUGGCGGCGAUUUUUAUGUACGCAGGUUUCAUAAGGAUGGACCUAUUGUUUGGAGGUUGCUGGCUUUAUCUCCAUUCCGACGUCUGUCAAAGAUGGAUGAAAAAGCAAUCAUUUUACCAUAUAGGGAUACCUCACUUAACUCAGAGGAACCUAUGGCUGAGAUCUCCAGCCAAAAGAUUCAGAUUGCAGUCCUGGACAUGAUCGCUGCAAUAUCUUCGAACAAGAGAAGUGCUGUUGCACUAGAAAGCGUACUAAAGAAGGUCUGUGGCCUUGUGGUAGGCAUUGCCUACAGUAGUUUGACAGGUUUGCAGGAAGCUGCUAUAAGGGCAUUGGCAGGCCUUGCCUGCAUGGAUGCUGAUCUUGUCUGGCUUCUCCUUGCGGAUGUGUACUACUCACUAAACCAAAGGGAAUCUUUACUUCCCAACCAAGAUCUAGCCCUGGUAUCAGAUCUUUUGCCCCCUCCAGUGUCUUCGAGAGAAUACCUCUUUGUACAGUAUGGAGGUGAGGGUGUCAGGUGUGAUGUAGAUCCCUCAUCUGUUCAUUAUGUGUUCAGAAGGAUGCAGGGUGUGUGAUCUUGUGUGACCUGAAAAUCAGGUUCCUGAUACUGUGUAUUUGUAAUCUUGCUGAGUUUCUUUGGUCAUGCUAGCACCCUAUGUCACACAUUGAACAUAAUAUCACCUGCUACAGAGAAUGGUAAACUUUUUCAUACGUGUUCUCGCACUGAAAAUCAUCAAGGUUGGUCACAUGUCUGAAGAAUGAUUAUGACAAGUCUUUACCACUUUGAUCAUAAUUAUAUUAAGCAAACAUCAGGACUCAUGAUGACAAUGAAGGAUGUGAUGGGUUUGUAUCUGUUAGCCAUAUAAGGUUGCACGUUAAGCAUGCCCCUGACUUGCCGGACGAGCAGCAAGACUUCGGGACCUAGAUUGGCUAAGGCACUAAGAAUAGAAUAGCUUAUCUACCGAUAUGUAAAGUCUUAUUUCCACCUUUCGAAUUCUUUUCCUCGGUAGCUAAGCUUAUUUAGUUGCCUAAUGGUCGAUGUAAUCUUUUUAUUGUGUGAUUCAUUCCACUUUCAUGGUAUUUCCGCUCUUGUUACCUCCCUCUA